AUGUGCAGUACCAACGUGUCUGUGUCCGCUGAUGUAACCGCCUCGCAGAUUCCAUCUUCAGAACAAGAGACCCUGGUUGGCCCAAAAGCAUUGCUUUUGAAGUUGUCAAAAUCUGUUGGUGCACAAAAAGACACUUACACAGUGAAAGAGGGUCUUGAUGCUGAUAUAAGUGAACAUUCAGGUGACUCAUUGCAUCAGGAUUCAGUUUCAGAUCAAUUUAGUGUAGAAUCUGAAGUUGAAUCUCUUCAUUCAGAAGGUUGUAGUCUUAGUGAAGAAGGACAAGAACUCUCGGGCAAAGAUGAUGAGCUGUAUCAGGCAGAGGAAAGUGAUACAGAUUCAUUUGAAGAAGACCCUGAAAUUUCUUUAGCUGACUAUCAGAAAUGUACUUCAUGCAAUGAAAUGAAUCCUGCCCUUCCACCCCAGUGCAACAGAUGUUGGACCCUUCAUGAGAACAGGCUUCCUGAAGAUAAAGGAAAAGAUAGAGGGAAUAUCUCUGAGAAAGCCAAACUAGAAAACCUAACACAAGCAGAAGAGGGCUUUAAUGUUCUAGACUGUAAAAAAACUACAGGGAGUGAUUCCAAAGAGUCAUCUGUGGAGGAAAAUGAUGAAAAAAUCACUCGGGCCUCCCAGUCACAAGACAGUGAGGACUAUUCUCAGCCACCAACUUCCAAUGGCAUUAUUUACAGCAGCCAAGGAGAUGUCAAAGAGUUUGAGAAGGAAGAAACACAAGACAAAGAAGAGAGUAUGGAAUCCAGCUUUCCCCUUAGUGCCAUUGAACCUUGUGUGAUUUGCCAAGGUCGACCUAAAAAUGGUUGCAUUGUCCAUGGCAAAACAGGACAUCUUAUGGCACGCUUCACGUGUGCAAAGAAGCUGAAGAAAAGGAAUCAGCCCCACCCAGUAUGUAGACAGCCGAUUCAAUGA